AUGAUUGUAAAGGAAUAUCGUGUGAUUCUGCCGAUGACGGUUGAGGAGUAUCAAGUGGCCCAACUUUGGACAGUUAUUGAAGCAUCCAAGGACGAAACGGGUGGUGGCGACGGCGUGGAGAUCCUAGUGAAUGAACCCUUUAGCCUUGGAUCUCAGUACGCACCAGAAAAAGAACUUCCAGGUGGCGGAAUCUACUCAAGUGGACAGUAUACACACAAAAUUUACCACUUGGCCUCCAAAGUUCCUAGUUUCAUCCGUCUUCUAGCCCCUGGAGAGGCUCUUAAUGUUACGGAAAAGGCGUGGAAUGCGUAUCCGUACUGCAGAACAGUGAUCACGAAUGGCUACAUGAAAGAUGCCUUCUUCCUCAAGGUGGAGACAAUGCAUGUCCAGGAUAAAAUCGACAUCGAUAAUGUGCACGAAUUGCCUCCGGAUAUGUUAGCGAAACGAGAAGUUAUUUACGUCGAUAUUGCUGCUGAUCUGGAAGGCGGAGUCAGACCGGAAUGGGAUCCAAAAACGUUUCAGUCCAAGACGACGGGACGUGGUCCCCUUGUUGGACCGCGGUGGUGGGAGAAAACUGAUAUGCCAAUAAUGUGUGCUUAUAAACUUGUGACCUGUAAUUUCCGGUGGUUUGGUAUCCAAGGUCUCGUGGAGAGUUAUAUUGCCAAAACCGAACUGAGGCUCUUCCACACCUUCCACCGUCAACUUUUCUGCAAUAUUGACAAAUGGCAUGGGCUUUCGAUGGAAGAUAUUCGUCGAAUGGAAGAGCAGACUAAGUUGGAUCUCGAUAAGCAACGAAAGGAAGGAAAACUGCAAGGCACAAUAGAGACAAAGUAG